AUGUCACAAAUGGAACAAAAAGAAACAGAGCAACCUCGAAAACAAUUAAGACAGCCUCCUUCAGUUCCUUUCGUUUGGGAAGAACGGCCUGGCUUCCCCAAGAAGAACUGGCAACCUUCACUAGCCACCUUCGUGCCGUCUCCUCCUCCGCUUCCACCACCUAUCCCGGUCCCGGUUAAGCUGGUUACAUCGGUUCCUUUCCGUUGGGAAGAGACACCCGGAAAACCACUCCCUUCCUCCUCAAACGACCCACCUAAGCUUCCAAAUCCACCACUGGAAACCACCACACCUCCUCCAUUACCACCUCCGGUUCAAGUCCCGGUUAAGCAAGUUACAUCGGUUCCAUUCGACUGGGAACAAACUCCUGGACAGCCAUACCCUUGCUUUAUUGAUGAAACAAACCCAUUUUAUCAACCGCUGCCACCGCCUCCCAUGUACGGUGAGGUUGAAACCAGCAGCGAUACUUUUGACGACGCAAGCAGUGAUUCCUUCAGCUCUGUGCCGUCUCUACUAACAGCAAACCGCUCGGUUACGAUACACGAUGCUCUGGUUCCGGAUGAAUUUGAUGAAAUCAUGAAUAGAGAGACAAGCUCGAUACCAACAUCGCCAGCUUAUGAAUCUGAUGAUAGUACAAGCAGUUACAUGACCGGAGCUUCAAGCCUUGUGGGAGCUUCGUUCUUGGAGAAGCUCUUUCCACGUCUUCUUCCACAGGAAAAAGCCGAAACCGCUGAUUCCAAAGAUGUUCAGGUUUCUUCUACUCAUCCGUUGCACCAAGAAGUGAAGCUUACAACAGAUUCUGACAACAUGAACAUCAGCUUUCCUGUGAGAGCGCCGCAGACACUUGGAGAGCUGAUAAUGAUGAGUAGAAGGAGAAGUUACAUGAGAAGAGCUGUUGAAAUGAGAAAGAAAAAUCCUUCCAUGGAACUUACAAAAUAUGGAGCUGAGAGUUGCUGCCUCUUUGUGCCAGGCAUCAAGAUGAUAGAAGGACUUGAGUGGAGAAAAUACCAAGCGAGGCUGAAGCUUAUUUAG